CGGCUCGGCUCGGCUCGCUCGGCUCGAGGCCCGGCCUGGCCCUGCCCUGCCCUGCUCAGUGUCUGGCUGAGCGGCGGCCGCUGCGGCACCAAGACGAUGAGGUUCUUGUUGCUCCUUCUCAUGGCGGCGGCGGCGCUGCGGGGCGAGACCUCGGCCGACACGGGCGGCGUACCGGGCAAGCGGCUCAAGAUGCAGUACGCCACGGGGCCGCUGCUCAAGUUCCAAAUCUGUGUUUCCUGAGGGUAUAGGCGGGUGUUUGAGGAGUACAUGCGGGUUAUUAGCCAGCGGUACCCAGACAUCCGCAUAGAAGGAGAGAAUUACCUCCCUCAACCAAUAUAUAGACACAUAGCAUCUUUCCUGUCAGUCUUCAAACUAGUAUUAAUAGGCUUAAUAAUUGUUGGCAAGGACCCUUUUGCUUUCUUUGGCAUGCAGGCUCCAAGUAUCUGGCAGUGGGGCCAAGAAAAUAAGGUCUAUGCUUGUAUGAUGGUUUUCUUCCUAAGUAACAUGAUUGAGAACCAGUGUAUGUCAACAGGUGCAUUUGAGAUAACGCUAAAUGAUGUACCAGUAUGGUCAAAGCUGGAAUCUGGUCACCUCCCAUCCAUGCAGCAGCUCGUUCAGAUUCUUGACAACGAAAUGAAGCUCAAUGUGCAUAUGGACUCAAUCCCACAUCAUUGAUCAUAGCCCCAUCUUUCAGCCCUGAAAACUCUUUUGCAUUAAUGGAUUUUUUCGGGAACAACGUGGUUGGCACCAAUGAAGGCCUGUACUGAAGACAGCAAGCUGUUAGUGCAGACCAGAUGCUUAAUUUGCAGCCCCGUUGAACUUGGAAAACCUCAAUACAAGACAGUCUUUCAGGGUUGGCAUGUUUUGGAAUACUGCACAUUCAUGGAGUGCAAUAAUACUGUAUAGUUAUAUUUUUUUUAAAGGGUUAAUUCAGCCAGUUAAUUGUUUUAAAAUGCAGGCAUUACUACUUGUAACUUUAUUUCUUAGUCAUGUUUGGGUGGGGGAAGUGGCAAAUUGAGUUAAUAUCUGAUUUUUUUUUUCCUUGAAAGAUGUCUGUUACAUCUGUUGUGAUUUUAUAUGAAUUUAUGUUCUUUUUGUAGUUUAAAAUGGAUAUUUGGGAAAAUAGCUGACAUUCCCAAGUACUUUACAAAAGUCUGUCAAACAUCUCUAAUUUGGUUAUGUCCUGUUUGUAUGGUUUUCAAAAUAUUGCAAAUUGUGAACAGUGCAUUAUACUAGAUUAUGAAAAAAUAUAUAUAUAUCCUGAGUAUAACACCAUUUUUGUGAUUACAAGAGAACUACUAAAAGACCCACCGCUUUUUAAAUCCUAUUGUCUAGCUCAAGUGUCUUGCCUUGACCAGUCUAAUGAAUUGAUUAACUGGGCCUUUAUACUUAUCCUAAAUAUAAAACUAAGCAAAUUUAAGUUAAAUAAAAAGUUUUCAUUUCCUGUGUAA